UGGUGGGAUGUCCUUUGGGAUCGGAAACAAAUCGCUGCUGCAGAGGUUGUUUACUCAUAGUCCAACCUAAUUUUUAGAUGCCAUUAAAAAGAGACCAAAGGAAUCUGAAUUUCUAACCUUAGUCAACUUUAUAAAAUCCAUCAACUCCAAAGAACUGCAGAAAAUGGCGGUAGCAGAGUCUAGCCCUCUUACCACUCAUGUGAUGAACACAAGCGAUGGAGUCCCAGGCGCCAAGAUGGCACUGAGCUUGCAUCGACUUGACACCAGGCUGAUGAUCUGGUCUAUGAUCAGUGUUGGGACAACAAAUGAAGAUGGCUACUGCCCAGGACUGAUCAGUCGAGAAGCUUUCAUCCCCGGCAUGUACAAGCUGCGUUUUGAGACUGGUUCAUACUGGGAGGGGCUGGGAAAGACCUCCUUCUACCCCUAUGUAGAGAUUGUGUUCACCAUCCAUUACCCAGCAGAGAGGUUUCAUCUCCCCCUGCUGAUGAGCUCCUUCUCUUACAGCACAUGCAGAGGAAACUGAAGCUUUGAUUAUGGCAGAUAUAGGCUCUUUGUUGUUAAAUCUGUAUUUUAGAAAUUGUUGAUGGGUAUAAUGGGAGUUUAGGCCCUCUUCCCCCCUGUGCACCACCGGGUCUGUUUCUCUCCAGUUCGGAGACCCAACCAGUAAAACCAGCAAGUAUUUACCUUGUGAAAUAAUGAGAAAUGGUUAAGUAUAAAAUCAAGAUUUAAUGCCAAAAUGAUCAGUGUAUACAGAGCAUACAAUUGAACAGAUACAAAGUGACAUUCACCUUUGGUACCGGGCCCCCCUCAGCCCAUCUUAGGGAUGAACCGAGAGGAGCAAAGAAUGGAGUGUGAGUCCUGCUUUUAUCCAUAACUGUUCCAAACCCACCUAAAGGGUGUCAUCCUCUUGGAUCAGUUUAUCUUUGACUAUGUGUUGCAUCAAUGUGAUAUCAACAGUUAUGUAGUGCAAGCUGUAGCAGUGAGCGGGGCAGCAUAUAAGCAACAAGGGCAGAUAUAUUUAAUUAGGGCAGCAAAGAGAUGAUUAGAAAAGGCCACAGAAUCAUACAUCCAUAACAAAAUAUUAUGUCAUGCUAGAUAAGCAGAUAUUUCUGCCUGUGUCCCUGUCUUUGUUUUGUUUGGCAUGUCUGGAUGUAAGAACAGAAUACAGUUGGUAAGUGUGUGAUAAGUUCCAUAUUUAAAUAAAUAUAUACCUAAACCAUACUAAUUUUUUGGAAUGAAAGACAUAUUUGUGAGCUAGGUAUUUAUCAACUGUGUAAUAGAGUAUGCUUCAGGAUUUUUUUUUAACUAAACGAGAAGAGCUACAGAGUCAGAGGUCAGCCUUCUAUGCAGUCCGCUAUGCAGAUACACUCCAGACUGAGGCCUUGUGGUGUCCCUCAGACAAUAAUGAUACAAAUGCUUCAGUCCCUAUUGACACAACAAGGAGAAGGUCAAAAAAAGUGAUUCUAUGGGAGUAAGAAUCCAUCUGUUUGGAGUUUAAUAUCAUCUGAGGGCUGGAGCAAUCUUCUGCAACCUGUAUCCAAGAAGAUGGUGGAAGUGAGAUGCAGCUGAGGAGAGAGAAAAUGUUGGAGCACCACCUCGUUAUAAAGACUGUUCGUUUUUCCUUUUUUCCAUUUGAUUCCCUUUCUGUAUGCUGAUCAUGCUUAUCUGCUCAUAUACACCAACAUAAAGCACUGCUGUAGGGGUAAGAUUCAACAGAA